AUGAAGCUCCUCAUAUUUGUGAGCCUUUUAUGCGUAGACUCAGCAACCAGAGAUAAGUUACUCGGUGUCAUGAUUGGCGUUUCCCAAAAUGCCUUCGCGAAUGAGCCAGGUGUCCUGAAAUUCGGUCUCUUCGUACCUCGCAAAGAACAUGACGACAGACAUCUGUAUUCUAUCGAGGAGUGA